AUGAAGAAGAUCGGCAUUGGGCUGACUGCGUUUGGCGUGCUCUUCUCGUUUCUCGGAGUCGUCUUCUUCUUUGAUAAAGGGCUGCUAGCCAUGGGGAAUAUCUUGUUUCUCGCGGAAAGGUGGGAUUCGUCUGCCUCCCUCUGUGUGCCAUCUGCCUCCCUCUGCGUGACGUCUGCCUCCCUCUGUGUGACGUCUGCCUCCCUCUGUGUGUCAUCUGCCUCCCUCUGCGUGACGUCUGCCUCCCUCUGCGUGACGUCUGCCUCCCUCUGCGUGACGUCUGCCUCCCUCUGUGUGCCGUCUGCCUCCCUCUGCGUGCCAUCUGCCUCCCUCUGCGUGACGUCUGCCUCCCUCUGUGUGACGUCUGCCUCCCUCUGUGUGACGUCUGCCUCCCUCUGUGUGCCGUCUGCUUCCCUCUGUGUGACGUCUGCCUCCCUCUGCGUGACGUCUGCCUCCCUCUGUGUGACGUCUGCCUCCCUCUGCGUGACGUCUGCCUCCCUCUGUGUGCCAUCUGCCUCCCUCUGCGUGACGUCUGCCUCCCUCUGCGUGACGUCUGCCUCCCUCUGCGUGACGUCUGCCUCCCUCUGUGUGCCGUCUGCCUCCCUCUGCGUGCCAUCUGCCUCCCUCUGCGUGACGUCUGCCUCCCUCUGUGUGACGUCUGCCUCCCUCUGUGUGCCGUCUGCCUCCCUCUGCGUGACGUCUGCCUCCCUCUGUGUGCCAUCUGCCUCCCUCUGCGUGACGUCUGCCUCCCUCUGUGUGACGUCUGCCUCCCUCUGCGUGACGUCUGCCUCCCUCUGUGUGCCAUCUGCCUCCCUCUGCGUGACGUCUGCCUCCCUCUGCGUGACGUCUGCCUCCCUCUGCGUGACGUCUGCCUCCCUCUGCGUGCCGUCUGCCUCCCUCUGCGUGCUGUCUGCCUCCCUCUGCGUGACGUCUGCCUCCCUCUGUGUGACGUCUGCCUCCCUCUGUGUGACGUCUGCCUCCCUCUUUGUGCCGUCUGCCUCCCUCUGUGUGCCGUCUGCCUCCCUCUGUGUGACGUCUGCCUCCCUCUGUGUGCCCUCUGUCUCCCUCUGA